UUCCCUUCUUUUCUUCUUAAUAUUUGGCUAUUCAAUGCUAUGGAGAAUGAUAUUCCUAAUUCUUCCAACUCCGAAAAAUACCAAAUAACAUGGGGCUCAGAUGGAGGCAUAAUAAGCCAAGUUAAGUGUUAUAGAUGUAGUUUUUGUAAAAGAGGUUUCUCUAAUGCACAAGCUCUAGGUGGACAUAUGAACAUUCAUAGAAAAGAUAGAGCCAAGCUUAGAGAAGUAUCGAUCGAGACUUCAGAUAUAAUCAAGAAGUCUGUCAGUCCUUCUACUCCUCCUGAUCAUAUUCAGGUACCAUUCAAUACUGAUGAAUUAAUAUUACAACAAGAUAUAUCUAGCGAUGACACAAGUAGCCCCUCGAAAAGGCCAUGUGUUACACUUGAAGGGGAACAACAUCAUCCUAUUUCCAAAGAAAGAGAUGAAAAUCAUGAAUUGAUUAUAGGAGGUGAUCUUUUACAAUUACCUUUGUUUGUGGAUUCUCCAUCAAAAGAAGAAACUAAUUGUGUAGAAACACAAGAAGGAAGUAAUAAGGGCAUGCAAUUGAGUGUUGAUGAUUCAAAAUUGGACCUUGAGCUUCGAUUAGGGCCGGAACCAUAGUGAUUGGUUUUAAUAAAUUGAUCAAAAUAGAGGUACUUCUAUUUAUUUUUCUUAUAUGGUAUUUUUUUCUUCAUUUUUUUAAAAUGUAAUAAUUCUUC